AUGCUUCGGUCCGGACGCGUGCGUUACAUCGUCUCCUCAAUUAUAACGCGAAUUGUUUACCUUUUUGCUAUCAUUAAAGUCGUGAAUACUAUCGAGUAUGGAGUUCCUAUAGAAAUUAAAUUAUGGGACUCGAAACGGAGUCCUUUAUCUCACAUGGUCGAUGUCACAAACGAAUUCGGUUUGAAAAUUCUUGCGGAACAUAAUUUUUUAAAUGACAACAAUAUUGCAUUUUCGCCCUACGGAUUAAUGGGUAUUCUAGUUGCACUUUAUGAGGGUGUUGAUGGUGAAUCGUCAUACCAAAUUCAGCGAAGUAUGCAGCUACCUUGGAACCGGAAUGUAAUGCGAAUCGGUUUUCGGGACAUACAUCGCACUCUAAAAACCUAUUUUGUACCUGAGGAAGGCUUUUUAGCUGGAUUAGCGUUAAAUAAUGAAAAUGUUACUUUUAAUGAAAGCUACAAGAAAAUUUUACGAUUUUAUGGGUUUGAUUUAGAUAAGGAAUCAUCUAUUCCUCCGUCGGUGAAUAAUACAAGUAAUAAUAAUAAUCAAAGUAAUACUAUGAGCCCCAACAAUACGUCUCUUAAUGAUGUCACUACUGCAACUGAAACGACAACUGAAUCCGUAACAGGUCGUGAAGACCCAUUAAGUUCUAAAGUUACUGAAAGUGCUAAAGAAGAAACAACACUUAAUCCAAACGCUGAAACUAUAAAUACUGUAGACAUUCGUGAACGCGAACCUACAACAACCUUAACACCGGUUACUGAGAAUACAUCUUCAUCAAUUAGUUCGAUUAAAAUAAGUCCUGCUAACGAUGAUGUGACCCAAACGACAGAACAAUCAUCUACGCCUGUUUCAAGUAUGAUUACAGAGUCAGUCGCAGUAACGGAUACUACUAGUACCAUACUAAGUACUCAACCCACAACCAAUGAGCCCACCGAAACAAGCGGGUCUACUACAAACAGUGAAUCUGAUAGUACUAUAACACAAAUGAUGACGUCUAAUGUUGAUGUGACUACCAAUAAUAUAGAUCCUUCAACAGCCAAUUUAAAUACUAUAACGAGUACACAAGUGACAGAAUCAGACGUCUCGUCUACUACAACUACAGAAAUACAGCAAACUGAAACAACACUUUCUACUGAAACGAGCACACUGGUAUCCACAAUGCCAACUACAUCCACUUUGGAAACACUUGCACGUAAAAAAAAGUCGAUUGUAGACUUUCUUUUUACAAAUCCACCGGACGUUGAUGAUUUUUUGGUAUAUAGAUCAUUCGAUGUGGGUUUAGAAUUAUCUGAGGAAAGUAAAGAGAACGAAAAGAUGUUUUUGGUUAAUGGACUAAGAAAUAUGCAGGUCACCUACAUGCAUUACGACUCCGUAUUGGAAUAUGCCUAUCUACCACAUCUAGAGGCAUCAGCGCUUCGUUUGCCGUUAGACAGCGAACGAUAUUACUUACUUGUCGUUUUGCCUAAUCGAAGAGGGAGUGGAGAACUGGCUAGAUUGUUAGGCCGAAUGGCGCGGGAGUCCGACUUGUCUGACGUGUAUGCCGCUUUACGUCCUCGUCGUGUAAGAGCUGUGGUUCCAAGUUUUAUUGUGAAAGGACACAUAACGCUGACAACAGACUUGCAGAAGUUAGGAAUACAUGACGUGUUUGAGCCCCGACAGCACGACUUCACUCCGAUGACUCCUCAGCCAGGUGUAUACGUACGGAGCAUAGAGCAGGCCGUCUCCGUUGCUAUACGAAAAUACCAGCCAGAUGUUAAGAACAGGUAUAUAAGCAACCGUAAUCAGGUAGUCUUUUCUGCAUCACAUCCCUUCUUGUAUUUCGUCAUGGAUUCCAAUAUUCAUGUUGCACUAAUGGCUGGAAAAUUGAUGGAUCCUCUGAAUACACGAAUAUUAUAAU